AUGUCUGUUUUCUUUCCUAUAAAUCAUUGGAUCGAACAUCGGAAACACAGAAACCCAAGGGGGUAAAAAUGACCUAAAUGACUCAAAUUAGUUCUUGUUAACAGCCAAAGUCAUGUGCGUAUUAACCUUCAAUGUAUUUCCCGCCUGAAGUCGUUAGGAGGCCUAACUGAAUGAAACCCAGAUGUCAAACCUCACAGAAUCUUGAUACGCUCUCUGCAAAGCUCAUCUUGAGCGCUUGAAAUUCUCUUCAAGAAGAGUCAUGGAAAACUCGAGCUCCCUUCCCCUCUACUUUCGCCGUUCCGGCGCCCGUCAAUCACGCUUGGAAACUCCCGUUUCGCAGCUCCGAUCAUCUUCUUUAUCACCGCACAAGUUUGUCCAUACCAUUCCUUUGAUUGUUUUGAUGAGUUUUUUCAUCCUAUGGUGGUUCUCUCAUCCUGUGAAUUUGGUGUUCAAGGAUGGCAGAAUUAAAGAAAUUCAUCAAACUGCGACACUGUCUCUGAAUGGUACAUAUGUUGAACUGGCCAUCCUGGCAUCUGCAGAAUCUCCUGUUAACUCAACUCCUUUGAAUCUUACAAGGAACAAUGAAACUCUAGCCCAUUCGGUGAGUGAAAAUUAUUAAAGAAUCAUAUUUCCUGAUCAUCUCUAUGAUUAGUCAAUUCUAUGAAAUCAUGUUCUUGUUAAUAUUGAGUAGAAAAGCCAUUGAAAGAUGGGCGGUGUUCGUUUUUGUAGAGCAACUAUAGUCUUUGAUAUACUUGUAUCAGAUUUACAUAGCCAAUGAAGCAAGAAAUGAAAGUUGUGGCUGAUCAAUCAGAGAUGUGGGUUGAAAA